AGUUCCUUUGAGAGAGAGAGGGUCCCAGGCGGCGGCAGCCUCCGUCAGCCCCUCAGCGAAGGACGAGGAAGGCCCACAGAGAGAGCAGCGGGGAGCGGCUUCCGGUUCGGGUUGCCGGGUAACCGGCCGCUCAUUCCGUGCCCGGACCGGAAGUGGGCCUCCUUUCCUCCUCCCUUUCCGUCAGCCUUCCUCCCCGCCCGGCUCCAGGCAGGACAAUAGGCGGACAUGGCGGCGGCGUCUGGGCCGGGGCGACGGCGGCGGGCCUCCUUCCCCUUCGGCUCCUGCCCGGCCGUCUUUCUGCUGCUGGCGCUGGUCGCCCAGGUCUCCGGAGAGUUUGGGAUGGUGCGCGUCUUCUCAGAGAAGGGCAGCUCCAAAGGGAAGGACUACUGCAUCCUCUUCAACUCCCACUGGGCCCACCUUCCACACGACCUGGGCAAAGCCUCUCUCCUGCAGCUGCAGGACCAGACGGUCUCCGUUCUGUGUGCCGCGUCCGAUGUGCCAGACGGAGGCUUCGGCAACACCAUCCCCAUGGUCAUGAGGGGCAACUGUACCUUCUAUGAGAAAGUGCGGCUGGCCCAAAUCAACGGGGCCCGGGGGCUGCUAAUCGUCAGCCGGGAGAAGCUGGUUCCCCCAGCUGGUAACUGGAGUCAGUAUGAAGAGAUCGACAUUCCUGUGGCCCUGCUGAGCUACACUGACAUGCUGGACAUUGGCCGGAGUUUUGGACACUCGGUCAAGGUGGCCAUGUAUGCCCCCAACGAGCCUGUCUUGGACUAUAACAUGGUGAUCAUCUUUGUGAUGGCUGUGGGCACGGUGGCCAUUGGCGGGUACUGGGCUGGAAGCAGAGAUGUGAAGAAGCGUUACAUGAAGCACAAGCGGGAUGACGGGACAGAGAAGCAGGAGGACGAGACAGUGGAUGUCACCCCCAUCAUGAUCUGCGUCUUCGUGGUCAUGUGCUGCUCAAUGCUUGUCCUUCUUUACUGCUUCUACGAUCAGCUCGUGUACGUCAUCAUCGGGAUUUUCUGCCUGGCAGCUUCCAUCGGUCUCUACAGUUGCCUCUCCCCAUUUGUCCGGCGGUUCCCAUUUGGCAAAUGCAGGGUCCCAGAUAACAACCUGCCCUACUUCCACAAGCGCCCCCAAAUCCGGAUGUUGCUCUUGGCUGCCUUCUGCGUCGCCAUCAGCCUGGUCUGGGCUGUGUUCCGGAACGAGGACCAGUGGGCCUGGAUCCUCCAAGAUGCGCUGGGCAUCGCCUUUUGCCUCUACAUGCUAAAGACCAUCCGCCUACCAACAUUCAAGGGCUGCACUUUGCUUCUUCUGGUGCUGUUUGUCUACGAUGUCUUCUUCGUUUUCAUCACCCCCUAUUUAACCAAGACAGGGGAGAGCAUCAUGGUGGAGGUGGCGGCUGGGCCAACAGACUCCCUCACUCAUGAGAAGCUGCCAAUGGUGCUGAAGGUGCCCCGGCUGAACUUCUCUCCGCUGGCACUCUGUGACCGGCCUUUCUCCCUCCUGGGCUUUGGGGACAUCUUGGUUCCAGGUCUGCUGGUGGCUUAUUGCCACAGGUUUGACAUCCAGGUCCAGUCCUCCCGCGUGUAUUUUGUCGCUUGCACAAUAGCCUAUGGCAUCGGCCUCCUGGUGACCUUCGUGGCGCUGGCACUGAUGCAGAAGGGCCAGCCAGCACUGCUCUACCUCGUUCCCUGCACUCUUCUCACCAGCUUCGCCGUGGCCCUGGGGCGCAAGGAGCUGGCUAUGUUCUGGACUGGCAGCGGAUUUGCGAAAGACCUGCCUCCGCCUCCCUUAGUCAUCUCUCCCAUCGGCUGCCCUGCGGACCCAAAAGAGGCGACUUCCCCAGCAGCAGCAGCUUCUCAACCUGAAGAAGAGGAUGAGGUCGCCACCUCCCCAGCCCCUAUUGCGGAAGAGUCCACUCACACACUCCUGAGCAAUGGGGAGCCCCCAGCCCCCUUUCUGGAGCCAAAAAAGGAGGAGGAGGAGGAGGAGGCAGCUCCAGCAGCUGCAGCAACAGAGGAUCCAGAGACUGAGCUCAGCCCAGCUCCCCUACAGCCACCCCAUAUAGAAGAGCUCAGCCCCCCAAAGGGCGAUUGCCACGAUGCCUCUGGAAGUAAGAGCCCCCCAGGAGUGCAGAGCCGGGCUGACUAGAAUUUCCCCAUUCCAUUUCUCCCUUUGCUCUCUCACCCCACCACUCUUCCCCCAUCCCUGAAGAGAAACGGAGGGUCGGUUCGCUUGCGGCAGCUGUAUUUGGCCCAGAUGCCCUCUGAGCCUCUCAGGCCAGGAGGCUCCAUGGCCAGAUCAGGGACCCUGAGGCACUUCCCCCAAAGCCCCUCUCUUCUUCCCCUUUUCCUUCCUGAAUAUGGUGCUUUCAUGAAUAGGGUCCUGGUACAAUUUCAGCAGUCUGGAAAACCAAUGGCAGACCAGGGGAUGCUUUCUCCUUCCCUGUUUCUUGACACUGGGGUGAUACGAUGCUACUUUUACAGAAACAAAUCAGACAGACAGUAUUUUGCGCUUACAUGGCUGUGAUAUUGCUUUAGUCUAGCCUAGGGCUGCGCAGGAGAGAUGAUGUCUCUGCUUCUCUGGCUGUAGGGUGUCCCUUCGUUCUUUCAAAGGAGGAAGAGGAGGCACCCUCAGUCUUCCUCCUCCUGGGAAGUGGUCUUCUGUUUUCCUUGCCAUCAGCCUCUUUAGAUGCAAACAUAUCAAGGAAGGGGCCAGCCUCAGGAAGGAACUGCUCUUUCUUUCUCUCUCUUGCUCUCUCUGCCUGCUGUGGAGGUUUGUUCUGCUUUGUGCCAGGCAGAGGAUGCCAAUACGGUUGGGAUGGUGGGGCAGGAAGCUGGGAGUGUCCAACCUGGCUGGGAAGGCUGGCUGUCACAUCAUUUUCAUAGAUGGACCUUGGCUGAGGAUCUUUUCCAUGGAGCCCCUUUCCUCCUGCGCCUCCCCAUUAGAAAUAAGGCAGAAACAGAAAGGUGAAACUGGUUGGAGGAAGGGAAGCUAUCUCCCACCCAUUUUGUGUUUCAAAUCCAUGCAGCCCCAGCUCUUCCUGGGAAUUCUUUGUCGGCCCGUUCUCUGCGAUGAGUCCACCACCAGCCUCUGUUCUGUAGAGGGGCCCCAACUCUUGUGGGACCUUGCUUCCUCAGCAGGGCAUCUCCUCUCUGGUGAGGGAGCCUUGUGUGGGUCUCCAUCCCAUUUGUGGAAAGCCCCUCCAAAUGGCUCUGAAUGAGUCUCCUGAGUCCUUUAGGUAACUCAGCUCAGCUUGCCAGAACUCCAGGCAGGUUUGUUUUCUUUGCCCCUUUCAAGACAGAGCAAAUGCUCCAAGAGCCUUGAGAGUCCAGCCAGCUGCCUGGGAUGGAGGAUCUCCAGAAAGAGAGAGAGAAGCUGAGCUGAGGUGCUGCCCUUUGCUGGGGCCGGGGUUAUGGGGUGGGAGUGGGGUGGGCAGAGAGAGGUGGGAGCUGUUGCUCAGUUGACAUCUGCUUGUAAAAUGGCUCCUCAAAAAGUGAAAGGUUCCCACCGCACCCAAUGGCGAUAAGUCUUAACUUGGGUUUCUGGGGGUGGGAAAGUGGGCAGGGGGGUCCCAAACCUGUCCAGAUGUAACGUUUCUGCUAGUCUUUCCAUGAUCAUGUUGUGUGUUUCUGUGUGUCCAUGUUUCUUGCUUUUGGGGGACCGUGAGGUGUAGUUCCACCACCUUCUGUAGAAAGGCUUAUCAGCUUCUGGCAAGUUGCUGCUGGGGGUCCGGCCUCCUGCCAGGCAACGUGGCGGCUUCCCCUCCUCCUCCUCCGCUGGUCUUGGGGGCCUCGCUUGCGAUCCGUGGGGCAGAGAGAGAGGUGGAAGGGGAAGCUGUCCUCGAUCCAAAGGGCUGUGGCCCCUUGGCAACCAGCAUGGAUGGCAAGUUGGCCCUCACCCUCACUUGCGCAGAACGACAGAUGCUUGUUUUAUUAGACACUACAGGAUUAUGCCUUAAUUUAAGCCAUUUUAUAAAUAAUGUAUAUGGAACGGUUAUUUUACAAAAGCAGUUUGAACAAUAAACUUGAUGAAACAUAA